AUGGCUAGGUCCUACAUGUUUGACGGAAAGACAACAGAGAACAGGAGAAAGAUGAGAGAAGAGCAGCAGGUGGAGCUCCGGCAGCAGAAGAAAGAGGAGUUGCUGAAUAAAAAGAGGAAUCUCUCUGUUUCUGCAUCUGCCAUCUCAAACUUCAUCCCGAUGAAGGAAAAGCUGUUUAGCAAUGACUUGGAGCAAGCCCACCAGGGUGUUUACGAGUUCAGAUCGCUACUAAGCGUUGAAGACUCUCCUCCGAUUCAGCCAGUCAUAGACUCUGGGUGUGUUCCUAGGUUCAUAGAGCUUAUGGACAUAUCGUUUCUAACGUCAUCUGGAAUGGUGAUGGGUGGAAUUCCUGUCUCAAACAUACAACGGGAUAUGCCUGAAUUUAGUGUUGCUAUGGAUAUAAUAAAUAAGAUUAGGGUAGAGGCUGCAUGGGUCAUAACAAACAUAUCGUCGGGAACCACACAGCAGACAAAGGUUGUAAUUGAUUGUGGGGCAGUUCCUCUCCUAAUCCAGAUGCUUCUGGACACAAACGAUGCUGUCCUAGACCAAAGUGUAUGGGCCCUGGGAAACAUAGCAGGGGACUCUGAGGGAAUGAGAGACAUAAUACUUGAAACAGGGGCCCUUGACACGGUUCUAGGGCUACUUCUGAAGCUUCAUGAGAGUGCCAUCCACAUAAAAAUCGUCAGGAAUCUUACGUGGCUUCUCUCCAACCUCAACAGAGGGAGGAAUCCGCCGCCAAGCGAGCAGAACAUGAGGAAGUCACUUGAGAUCCUUUUUAAGCUAAUCAACAUAAGAGAUCCAGAGGUGGUUAGCGAUGCCUAUUGGGCGCUCAGCUACAUUGUAGAUGUAAGCAUGGAAUGCAGUGACAUAGUACUCAACAGCGGCACAAUGGGCAGAACACACUCUCUUUUAGAAGCCCUCACCAAUAGACUUGUUGGGAUGUCUUACUCAGCAGAAGACGCAAAGAUAUGCCUGUGUGCAAUAUCUCCGAUAAUAAGGAUGAUAGGAAACAUAGUUACCGGAUCCGACGAUCAAACGAGCGCCUUGAUUAGAAUGGGGUUUCUGAAGUUCUUCAGACCCAUAUUCUACAGACUGGAGAAUAAGAAGCAGCCAAGACUUCGGAAGGAAAUAUGCUGGACACUGUCGAACAUCACCGCUGGGACCGUCGAGCAUGCAAAGGCUGUUAUGGACAUGGAUCUUGCGCCUUUGCUUAUUGACUCAAUGUCUUCCUAUGAACUGUUCAUAAGGAAAGAGGCAUGCUGGGCAGUGCUGAAUCUGAUGUACCACUGUAAUAAUCUCCCCAGCAGCUCCGAUAUAAAGUUUGAAUGGCUCAAGAUUCUGAUGGAUAACGGCUUCAUCGAUGCCCUGGAAAGCUACCUGGAUGUCGUCCCCAAUGUUCCGGAAAUGCAGUGCCAGAUACUUGAUUGUUUCAGAUAUGCAUUGAACGGAGGAAAGCAAUGGGAGCUCAGAUAUGGUAAGAACCCCAUAUACGAGAAGAUGGUUGAGGCGGAUAUAGUUGAUGCAAUAGAGGGACUGCAGGAUAGUGUUGACAGAACAGUUUCAGACAAGGCAUACUCCAUCAUUGUUGAUUUCUUUGAUGGCGUUGAUAAUUAA